AUGAGUUACAACAGGAAACGUUCACUAAGUCCAACUUCCUUAGACAGACCUUCCUACGUCGAAGGAAUAAAGAAGAUCAUGGGCAUAUUCAAAAAACCUCAACCUUCUGAAUCAGUCACCUUGGAUGUUACCAUGAACAAUGACGAUGUUAUGUUUGAUAAACGUAGAAGAAUUUCAAUCCAACAAACCAAUGAAUUUAAAGGAUCGAAACCUCGAAGUUCUAUCGAUUACACCGUUCACCUCGGUAACAGUUACAGCAAUUACUUACAUCGAUUGGAAGAAGAAGUGGAAGAGAUCAAUGCUAACAUUGAAAGAAGAGCAACAUUGGUACCUCAAAUAGAUGAAAAAUAUGAAUCUCCUAUCCCUGAUAUGGUAGAAGUAAAGAGAACUUCCCAAGAUUUGAUAGAUAAAUUGGACGUAGGAGAAGUAUCAGAACCGGAAUCUGAAGAGGAAUCAUAUGAUCAACUCAUAGUGGCUGAUGGUUUAUAUACUGAUGAAGAAGGGAAUGUCGUUAGACCUCCAUUUAUAAACCUAGACCCUCAAGAAAGAUACCAAUUACUUCAAUUGAAACGAGCCAUCGAGGUGUCUAAGGAAAUUCAAUCAAAACUUAAGUAUUCCUUAGAUCCUCAUGAAACCACUUCAAUUGUUAGAGCUAACAAUAAGGUGGACACUGCUACACAAACCUUUGAUGGGAAAUAUUUGAAGAAUAAGCUCAAUUUUUUCGAUCUCAUAGCUAAGAAGAAACAAAAGACUAAUGGAGGAGCAGUGUUCUCAGGAGAAUUCCUUUAUGAUGUUGAAGAAACUAAACCCAUAGAACAAACCCAAAGAAAGUUAUCGGGGUAUUUGGGAACUAUCAGUAAACCUAAGUUCACUCAAGAUAAUAGCAAACGGGAUUUCAGUGGUGGGAAGGUGAGUUUGGAUUCAGAUUAUGUUGAGAAGACAGAGAAGUUAUCGGAUUUGAUCAAGGUUAAGGAGAGUAAAACCGUAGGAUCUGUUCAACCAAGCAGUGGAUUUAAUUUUAAGACAGGCAUGAAUUCUGCCACCCAACCAGUUCAAUCAGAUCAAAUACCUGUGUCUGCCAAACCAGUUGAACCUCAACCUGUUCAACCAGCCCAACAAACUCAACCAGCCAAACCACCUCAAACCCUCAUUCCAGAUCAACCAGCUAAACCACCUCAAACAUUCAUGCCAGAUCAAACACAAAAGAAAAGAUCAAGAGAUGAUCCGGAACCCGAGUCCACAUUCAAAUUCAAACCAGUAGAAGCUCCAGCUUUCAGUUUUGGAAAGUCAGAUAAACCUGAACAAGCUAUACCGUCAUUUGGAAGCAAAGAAAAUACAUCCAAAGCAUCCGGAUUCAGUUUCGGUAAACCAGAGACCUCCACCAGUAAACCAGAAGCUCCAAAAUUCAGUUUCGAAAAGAACGACGCUGAGAAGAAGACGCUUGGGUUCAGUUUUGGAUCUAAAUCAGAAGACAAGGUAGCUCCUACUUUUAGUUUUGGAUCAAAAUCGGAAAAAGAGGCACCUAAAUUCAGUUUCGGGUCUAAGCCAGAGCAAUCUAAACCAGAAGAACAGGAGUUGAGCCUGGAUAAAUCAGAAACUCCCAAGCUUAGUUUUGGAUCUAACGAAAAGAAAGAAGAAACACCAAAGUUCAGUUUUGGAGCUAAGCCGGAGGAAACGAAAGAAACUCCGGCCUUUAAUUUCGGGAAUAAACCAGAAGAAAAGAAAGAGGCUUCAGGGUUCAGCUUCGGGUCCAAACAAGAAGAGAAGAAAGAAGCCCCAGCAUUCAGUUUCGGAAGUAAAUCAGAAGAGUCCGAGAAGAAAGAGGCACCUGCAUUUAGUUUUGGAAGCAAACCAGAGGAGAAAAAAGAGGCACCAACUUUCAGUUUUGGAAGUCAACCAGAGGAAAAGAAAGAAACUCCUACCUUUAGCUUUGGAAGUAAACCAGACGACAAAAAGGAUACUCCAACUCUCAGCUUCGGCAGUAAACCAGAAGAGAAGAAAGAAACUCCUACCUUUAGCUUUGGAAGUAAGUCGGAAGAGAAGAAAGAAGCACCAACUUUCAGUUUUGGAAGCAAGCCAGAAGGAACCGAGAAGAAAGAAGCACCCGCCUUCAACUUCGGCAGUAAACCAGAAGAGAAGAAAGAAGCAUCCACGUUCAGUUUCGGAAACAAACCAGAAGAAAAGAAAGAAACCACCUUCAACUUCGGAAACAAACCAGAAGAAAAGAAAGAUACGCCCACGUUCAGCUUCGGCAGCAAACCAGAAGAAAAGAAAGAAACUUCAACUUUCAACUUCGGGGCUAAACCAGAAGAAAAGAAAGAAACUCCAACUUUCAACUUCGGGGCUAAACCAGAAGAAAAGAAAGAAACCACCUUCAGUUUUGGAAAAUCUGAAACACCUACCACCAAACCUGAAACCAAAACCUUCAGUUUUGGCAAAUCUGAAACACCAACCUUUGGCGAGAAGAAAGACACCGGAUUCAAUUUCGGAAGUUCAACCAAACCAACCGCAGGUCCAUCCACAUCAACAGCUCCUACACCAGGAGGAUUCAAUUUUGGAGCGGUGGAAAAACCCUCAUUCAAUUUUGGAUCUACGGAAAAACCCAAAUCUGUACCACCUAUGGGGGGAUUUAACUUCGGAGCGGUGGAAAAACCCAGUUUUGGCUCACCAUUUGCUAAAUCGGUAUCUCCUAGCGUUGGUACAGGUGUGACACCUGCAGGGUUCCGAAGUCAAACCGGAACCCCAGAUUUCACCGCAGGAUUUAAUCAAUUUGGGCAAGCCCCCAAUCAGUUUGGACAACCCAUGGGACAAUCACAAAAUCAAUUUGGACAACCAAUGCAAGCACAAGGACAAUUCCAAAUGGGUCAGGCCCCUAAUCAAUUCGGACAACCAAUGGGACAGCAAUUUCAAAUGGGUAAUCAAUUCGGACAACCAAUGGGUCAAGGCCAAGGUCAAUCAGCCUCACCCUUAACUCCUAUCGCCAGACCCAACAGAAAGAUUGCUCAGAUGAGAAAACGUAGAGGUAUGUAG